UUGUUAAUAAAUAAUAGCUAUUGUGAAUGUUUGAAAAUUAUAGCUACUAAAUAGUGAAAAUUUCAACCAUAUUUAAGCUGUAAAAUUAUUUUUUAAGGACUCUGCUUUACGAUUAAUGCAAAUAGGCAUUAUUUAAUACAUACAUACUUGCAAAGGAAAAUUAAAGUUAUUGUUGUUUUUGUUCAAUGCAUAUGUAUCUUAGUACAUACACAUAGACAUGAGAAAGUGAAUCAGUUUCAAAUCCAAUUGCGUGAAUUUAUCAAUUACUGAAGGAAUGACAUGUUGCUGCAAGGGCAAACGGUCGUUGCGUAUGUCGGAUGAAAUACUAAACGUGCAAAGGUAUCAAUAUGCGAAAAGUCAUAUAAUGCAGCAAGGAUAUCUUAUCAUCAACAUCAAUUAAAUCAUUUUGCAAAAAUUACCAUAAAGGAUAUUAAUACACUGUAAGCACUCAGUGUGCUUAGCAUAUUUUAGUUGCAACAAUUGCUAAACGAGAACAAAGAAGGUUCUAUACAAUCAUUGCAUUCAUUUGCAAGCGAACAAGGUGCAAAACAGGCAAUACAAAAGUGGUUUGUCAACUUGUGGCGUCGUUAAGUGUUAGCCAAAAAAAAAAAAAUAAAUAAAUAAAUAAAACGUUGUAUUUUCAACCAUCCAGGGCAUAAGCGUUAAAAAGCUGUGAACAGUUGCACUAUUCCAUCAAUUGUGAUUAGUACAAGGAAAUCGGUUGCAUUGCUUUCAACCGCAUUUACGUUUAAGUUUAUUAAAUCUCUUGUUAUUGUUAAUGAUUGCGGUAUAAAGAGAUAUAUAUAAAUAAUAUUGUUGUCAAAGUCAUGGCCGCCAUAACUCGCAGUGUCAGCGGCAGCCCUUCGUUUGCUUUAAAUUCUGCGGUUGACCCCAGUUUAUUUCCUCUAAAAUCAAUCAAUGAUGUUGUGAACUUUUUUAAACGUUCUCUAGAGCAAUACCAUACGCAUGGUAUUGAACCAGAUUUGACGUUGCUGUCAAUUGUGGCGGGCUACAUUGAAUUAUCGUUGACAACUGGAGAUGCAGCUCAUGCAGCAGCUACUUCUGCUGCCGAACAUGCUUCUAUGACUGCGGCAGCAGCAGCUUCAUCAUCCGGCCCAGCAGCUCUCGUAGCUGGUAUUGUAAGCAGUGGUUUAUCAUCAACGGCAGGUAAUUCUGAUAUAAUUGUCGGCAAUUCGGUACCGUUUCCUACCGUAACAUAUGAACUUGUUUCCGGUCUUUACAAGAAGUUCCAAAGUAUUCUGUCUAUUGUGGAUAAACCUAAAAUGUCGUCGAUUUGCAACAAUCGGCGGGCAUCUCGUGAAGUUAUCAAAAAAGUCUCCGAUGUUAUAUGGCAUUCGUUAAUUCGUAGUAGUUAUAAGGAUCGCGCUCACCUACAAAAUCUGUACAGUUAUUUGUCUGGGAAUAAAUUGGAUUGCUUUGGCGUUGCUUUAGCAGUCGUAGCCGGAUGUCAAGUCCUGGGUUAUCGCGACGUACGACUAGCUAUAUCGGAAGAUCAUGCGUGGGUAGUAUUUGGUAAUAAAAAAGUGGAAACAAUUGAAGUUACUUGGCAUGGCAAAGGUAGUGAGGACAAACGGGGACAAGACAUAACAGCAGGAAUUGAGUCAGGCUCGUGGCUCUAUUUAGGCGGCUUGGCGGUUGUGUGCGAUAAACCCAUGGAGGUUGCAGCCAUAGCAUCUGCUAUAAAUAUUUCUUUAUCCGUCAAUAGUGAUUGUGUUGAAGUGGCUGAGCUACAGCAACGCUUAUUGGGUUUGCUUUACGAUAUGGGUCAUUUAAAAAAGUAUCCAAUGGCUUUAGGCACUUUGGGAGAGCUAGAGGAAGUUAAUCCAACAAUAAAACGCGUGUCUUGCGAGCAUCUAUACCGUGAGGCCAUAGAAUCGGCGCGAUUACACUAUCAGAAUCAUCAUGUUUACCCCUAUACCUAUCAAGGUAACUACUAUAAUCGUCUAAACAAAUAUAGAGAGGCUUUUGGCGCUUGGGCUAAUGCUGCUGAUGUUAUACGUUUGUAUACAUAUCAAUGUCGUGAUGACGAAGAGAUCUACAAGGAAUUGCUAGAUAUAGCGAAUGAGAUGAUACCCUACGUAAUGAAAACUGAAAGUUCUGGUCAUUCAGCACGUAGCAUUUUGCGUGAUUCAGAAGUUUUUGCUAAUCUUCUAAGAUUUUAUGAUGGCAUUUGUCAAUGGGAAGAAGAUAGUUUAACGCCAAUUUUGCACAUCGGCUGGGCCAAGCCCCUAGUUAAUAACAUAUGUAAAUUCGAUUACGACAUACGUUCCCAAGUUGUUAUAAAAGUGCCGGAAGAUGAACCGCUGGCGGUUCAACGAGGCAUAAAUGCAUCAGAAUAUAAUCAAAAAAGCGAAAGCAAAACUGUUGGAGACAAUUCUGUGCAGCAGCAGUCCCUUGAAGGCAAUAAUAACAACUUGGUGAACAAAGAGGAGAAAUUCAACGAGGCCAAGAAAUCGGAAAUGCCAACAACGUUAGCUGAUUUAACGGCAGCUUGUGGGGAAAAAAUUUUAAAUCCAGAUUUUCUGCUGCAGGGAGGUGGACAACCAUUUGCCGAACAGCAAAAAUUAAAUAAUAAACAUAAUAGCAGCAAUAACACUUCACCCGACCAAGAAAAUGGGUCGGACAGUAAAGUUUCUACUAAUGAUGUUAAGGACAGCAAUGUUAAUCAAUCAAUAAAUAUGGCGAAAAUAAUAAAUGUCGCCGCAACCUCUACUAUUUCUUCACCACCUGCACCUCCAGCAUCAUUAGAUGAAGAAGACCCCCUACAAUUUAUGCUUAAGCGUCCUGUGAUUACAUUAUAUAGUCAAAAAAUGAAAGGCUUGAAGGAUUUGUUAUUGGCCGAGAAACUAAACACGCAUGCGAUUUCAUUACAAGUUACCGCGCAGUCGGUGGCCAGUAAAAAAGUGCGAGGUGUUGAUAAAAUGGGCAAUCACACAACAAAUUCAGUUUAUGCCAGCGUUAAUCUGGGUGCUGGUGGCGGUGGUAGCGGAAAUGCUAGUAGCAGUAGUAAUAACAGUGCUACACAAGGCCCUGACCCAAAAACAACGGAUCAACAUGGUGAAUCAAUUGCCGUUUCAAGACCCAAACGUUCGAGACGUGAAUGAGUGCAAUGUAAUAAUUGCUUCUGCAACAGCGGGCUGUGCGGGCGGUAAGUAUUAAAGGGUGUAUAAAUAUGCUGAACAGCGAACAAAAUUAUAAAAAAAAAAUAAACAUUUGCCUCGGAAGUCCUUAUCCAGAUAGUUUUGUGUUAUUAACGAGCAAUAAUAAUGUUUUCAAAUAUUUACCUAAGCACACACAAAAGAAAGAAAAACAUUCAAAUCAAAAUUUCCGCU